AAAGAAAUUUUAUUGGCACAUGAUCCACGCAUUCAUAUUCCAUACUUUGUAUGCUGCAAAAAAGAGUUUGACUUGAAGGAGAAUUAUUGUUAUCAUCAUAGAAUCAUAACAAGAAUUUAGAACAAUGAGUUCAAGAGAGGACACUGAAGAUGGAAGGGAUCUGAGGAAGCCAUUUUUGCACACUGGAAGUUGGUACCGUAUGAACCACAAGCAAUCGAGCUUGUUAGGUUCCUCACAGGCCAUAAGAGAUGCUUCAAUUUCUGUAUUUGCUUGUGUUGCCAUUGUUGCUUUGGGUCCAAUUCAGUUUGGUUUCACAGGUGGGUAUACAUCUCCUACUCAAUCUGCUAUAAUCAGUGAUCUAGGACUUUCAGUCUCUGAGUUUUCUCUGUUUGGUUCUUUGUCCAAUGUUGGUGCCAUGGUUGGAGCAAUAUCCAGUGGUCAGAUUGCUGAGUAUAUAGGGCGCAAAGGGUCUUUGAUGAUUGCAUCGAUUCCAAAUGUCAUUGGUUGGUUGAUAAUCUCAUUUGCAAAGGAUACUUCUUUUCUCUAUAUGGGAAGGUUGUUGGAAGGGUUUGGCGUCGGAGUAAUCUCUUAUACGGUGCCGGUAUAUAUAGCCGAGAUAGCGCCACAGAACUUGAGGGGAGGUCUGGGUUCAGUUAACCAGCUGUCUGUCACCAUUGGAAUUAUGCUGGCUUAUCUGCUGGGAAUUUUUGUUCCUUGGAGAAUUCUUGCAAUUUUAGGAAUUUUGCCAUGUGCACUAUUGAUGCCGGGUCUAUUUUUCAUUCCCGAGUCUCCUAGAUGGCUGGCAAAAAUGGGCAUGACAGAUGAAUUCGAGACCUCCUUACAAGUUCUUCGAGGUUUUGAUACCGAUAUUGCUGAAGAGGCAACUGAAAUAAGGGCUGCUGUUGCAUCAUCAAGCAGAAGAACUGCACUUCGAUUUGCGGAACUCAAACAAAGAAGAUACUGGCUUCCCUUAAUGAUUGGAAUUGGACUACUAGUUCUGCAACAGCUUUCUGGAAUUAAUGGAGUUCUUUUUUAUGCCAGCACCAUCUUUGAAGGCGCCGGGAUUAGUUCAAGUGAUGUAGCUACAUUUGGAGUUGGUGCUGUUCAGGUUCUUGCCACCAGUCUAACCUUAUGGUUGGCUGAUAAAUCCGGUCGCCGGCUUCUUCUUAUUAUAUCUUCAGCUGGAAUGGCUGUUAGUCUAUUUGUCGUUGCAAUCGCAUUCUAUGUGAAAGAUUAUAUAUCAGAGAGCUCUUCUUUAUAUGAGAUAUUGAGCUACCUAUCGAUGGCCGGAGUUUUGGCCAUGGUUGUUGCAUUCUCUUUAGGAAUGGGAGCUAUGCCAUGGCUUAUAAUGUCCGAGAUUCUUCCAAUUAACAUCAAAGGCUUUGCUGGAAGUUUCGCGACACUAGCCAACUGGUUCUUUUCCUGGUUGAUCACAUUGACAGCAAAUAUGCUCUUGGAUUGGAGUUCUGGAGGAACCUUCACCAUAUAUGCAGUAGUGUGUGCUUUCACAGUUGUAUUUGUUUCCAUUUGGGUCCCUGAGACAAAGGGAAAAACUCUUGAAGAAAUCCAAAGGUCUUUUAGAUGAAAGUUUCUUCUUCUGUGGCAGCAUUUUUGUAUUAUUAUUAUUAUUAUUGUUAUUGUUGUAUUAUUAUUUGAUUUAAGGAUGAAUUCCUCAUUGUAAUCCUGUAAUCGCAAGUUCAUUGAAAUUUUGUGUGAAACUGUUGAUUGGCUAUGUUCAUACUAUUCAACAUGUGUUGAUGCUCCUUUAUGGAAAAUGACAGUUAAUACUCAUUAGUUUAAUUCAUUUUUCUGUUA